UGCGUCUUGCCGCUUGUUAGUGACUUGCGGCUGUUAUUUAUCGUCAAUUCGCAGGAAGAGCAGUACUACUCCGAGCAACACUCCUCCUUGAUUAACAAGGCCUACCAAACCCUCCUGAACCCUUUGAGCCGUGGCCUCUAUCUACUGGAGCUGAAUGGAGUAGAGCCGGCACAAGAGACAGACUGUGAUGCAGACUCAGCAUUUCUCAUGGAAAUCAUGGAAAUCAAUGAGAAAUUAGCAGAGCCUAAAAAUGAGGAUAUCCUUGAAGAAAUUGGAACUUUAAUUAAAGUUAAACAAGAAGAACUGACCAAAGAAGUGACUGCAGCUUUUGAAAGAGAUGAUCUUCAGGAAGCUAAGAAGCUUCUAGCCAAAAUGAAGUAUUUUGCAAACUUAGAGGAUAAACUAAAGAACAAGAAGAUCCCUUCCUGAUGCUGCCUCCUUCACUGUUAAGAGUUACUGUUAUUCUCAAUUAAAGACCUGAUUUACUACCAAACUCAGAAGAGUGGUGCUUGUUCCCUACCUUGUCAUGAAAUAUGAAGAAUUUGUUUUAAACUGAGAGUCCUGGAUGAAAUGUUGGGGAUUAAGCUCAUUCGAUAGGUCCUUCGAGCUCCCUGUGGUCUCCCUGCGUGUGUUCCAUGGAGACCACCUUGAAACACCUUUACGGGCAAGAUGUAUUUAACUCCUAUCAUCUGUCCUCUCUGCUACCUCAUGCCUUUUGUGACGUUCGUCUCAGUCUGCCUGAACUGACCCUCAAAACUAGAAGAGGGUUUACCCUCUUGCAGAGUUUAAAAUGUUAAGACGCUAGAUUAGGGCAAAGGAAUAAACCCAGACUCAAACCCUGGAAGCUGUUUUGUUAGUACCCUUUUAGGAAACAAGUCUUUCUAAUAAACUUCAUUGCAAAUAACCGUAAUUCAGCUGGGAGCUGUAGUAUUUUUAUACAGUUACAGCAGUAGGACUAGAUGAGGAAUGUCCUGAAGUCUUUCAAAGAAGUUAUUUAAGUGAAAAGCAGCAACUAAAUACCCCAAUUUAUAUAUAAACUGGAAUAUUUCAAAUGCUGGUUUCUCAGUAGGCCAGUUCUUAUUUGGGUUUUACCACCUCAGAAUAUUUUAUUCAGUAAAGGAGUAACAUAUAUUUGAUCACCCAAAUCUGAAGAUGGGGCUCGGAAAUAAAAGAAGAGCUACUGCAUUAUCUGAAGAAAUCUGCCGGGGAGGAGGAAUUCACUGAACACCCUUUCUGCAGCCCUACAACAUCAAGUCUUCUACGUAUAAUAUAAUACGGUUUUAAUAGCAUUUCAGCAAUACAUGUAUUUCAGAAAGAUUAACUUGCCUUUAAUUAAACUUCCUCUAAUACACAGGAGGAUUUAAUAAGCUACUUGUUCGUGGUAUUACACUGCUAAUCUAGAAGACGCUGUUC